GAAGAGUCGCGCUAAACCGUCAUGGCGCCUGACAGUUUGUAAUGUGACAGCGAAAGCAUCAGAGUCCUGCAAGUUUAUUACAUCCCCUUUGCACCGUGUCUGUGGAUAUCACGCCGCCGCCAUAAUGCAGAUCACUUUGAAAACUUUACAACAGCAGACGUUCAAAAUCGACAUUGACGAGGAGGAAACGGUAACAACAUUAAAAGAGAGGAUUGAACAUGAGAAGGGCAAGGACAAUUUUCCUGUUGCUGGGCAGAAACUCAUCUAUGCUGGUAAAAUCCUCAGCGAUGACUCUGUCCUCAAAGAAUACAAAAUUGAUGAAAAGAACUUUGUGGUCGUCAUGGUGACAAAGCCUAAGAAGGCCCCCUCUGCAUCUCAGCCGUCACCAGCUGUGUCAACGGCAGACACAGCGCCUCCACCGACGCCGCCGUCCGCCUUGCACAAUCCAACUGAGCGACUUCCGGCGGACGGGCAAGCAGAAGCAAGGCGACCUCCUCCUGCUGCUGCUGCGUCGGCUUCGGCCGCCACUGCCAACGCGGUGCCUCCCUCGUCGGGCAUCUGGGGGACCUUUGGCAACUUAAUGGACGAGGCAGGUUCAAACGUUGUGACGGGCGCAUCAUAUGACGCCAUGGUGACAGAGAUGAUGCUGAUGGGCUACGAGAGCGAGCAGGUUGUGGAGGCGCUAAGAGCCAGCUUCAACAACCCCGACCGAGCUGUGGAGUACCUCCUCUCGGGUAUUCCAGGCAGGGAUCCGGUCCAGGCCAGAGGGUCCGACACCACGUUGAGUGGAGCUCCGGCCGGCCCCACGGGGGAUAUAAAUGACCUCGACAACAUGGGCGCCUCACAGGAUAAUCCGUUGAGUUUCUUAAGGAACCAGCCUCAGUUCCACAUGAUGCGGCACCUGAUCCAGCAGAACGCUUCCCUGCUUCCUGCUCUGCUGCAAGAGAUCGGGAGGGAAAACCCAGAGCUGCUGCAAGAGAUCAGCAACCACCAGGAGCACUUCAUUCAGAUGCUAAACGAGCCUCUCCCCGAGUCGCCCGGGCCCAUGGCCCACGACUCCGGGAGCUCCGGAGGUGCGCCGGGCGACUCACAGAGCGGCAGUCACUUGAGCUACAUUCAGGUCACCCCGCAGGAGAAGGAAGCCAUCGAAAGGUUAAAAGCGUUAGGCUUUCCCGAGGGACUGGUCAUACAAGCUUACUUCGCGUGCGAGAAGAAUGAGAAUUUGGCCGCCAACUUCCUUUUACAGCAGAACUUUGAUGACGAUUGAGACGACCAACUUUUGCUUUUUUUGUUUUAUUUCUUAUGUUUGAUUGCCACCAUUGAAUAUAAGCCAUUUACCAAACCUUACCCCCCAAAAAUCGAUUUCAUUCACCAUUAUGUAGAUUAAUUUGUAGUUAUGAUUAAUUUUCUUUUCUUUUCAAAUCAUGACACCAUUUUUCUGUGUAAAGAAAAAUCGGAAUGGUAAUCUCUACUCAUAGCCAAUGUCUUUUCUUUUUUAAAUUUUUGAAAACUUGUGUGUCAUCUUUGUUGUUGGACCCUCAAUGUCUUAUUUUUUUCUAUGUAUAUAUAUAUAUUUUUGAAAACGUUUACUUGUGUGUCAAUGAUGUCAUCUUUGUUCUUCGGACCCCCUCGGGUCCCCACCACCACACAAACCUUAUCAGCAUGUGAACCAGCUGAAGUUAUGUGCUUUACACACAUAAUAAAUAGACUUGUCUUUUAAUCUUAAAUAAAUACCAUAUGAUCUAC